AUGGCAUCUGGCAACCGCCUCGCUCAAUUGAAAGAGACUCUCAAGUUGAUGGAAGACUUUCAGCUUCCAGAAGACAUUCAAGCAGCUUUUUCGAGUGAAUCCUUGAAUCCAGAAUUGCUGCGGAGAUACAACACCGCCCGCGAUGAAUAUUUGCGUCGCCGGAUCCAAGAAGAGUUCUUGGAUUACAUGGAAACAUUUGAUGGAGAUACAAUUCUCGAAAUUCCCGAACUGCCCACCGAAGAGCAACAGGCAGAAUUGGACAAGACAUUGCAGGAGCUACAAACCGAUUUGAACCAGGCGGCACAAGCCAUUCACCAGCAAGCUUUGGAGCUCCAACAGAAACAUGAAACGUUUUGUCUGCAAAGAGAGGAAUUGCGGAAAAUGGAAGAAAGUGCCAAAAUUGAAGCCGACGCUGAAAAAACGGAAGCUCAAGUCAAGGAAAUGCUGGGAGGCCAGGAACCACCGUCACCCACUGCGCUGCAGGCCGAAACGGAAGAAACCAACAAAACAUUGGCCGAGUUCCAAAAAAUGCAAGAUUUCUACGACGGGCUGCGACUCAUGAUGGAGGAACUCACGGGCAUUCAACUGGUAAAAACUACCACAACAACCGCAAAAGAAUCGGACGACUCUGAUGAAGGAGCAGCAACCCCUCCUUCUGUGAUUUUUCAUGUGCGUCUCCUACAGAAGCACGACGUGAGUGUCACACUCUGUCCAGACCCGAACAAACCAGAGGAGCUUCGAGUCAAGUCAGCAAAAUUUCUGACGUCGACAGAGGUCUACGCUCCUAAGGAAGCCGGAAAGGAUCAGAAGGAUGAAAACAAGGAGAAUGCUUUGAAAUUGACCAUUCCGAACCUAGAGGACUUGGUCAAGCUGAGUGCCAUCUUCCCUGCCGGCGACGACCUCCGAUUUGUCAUUCGAGAAACAAUGGCCCGUGUACGUGUGACAGAAGCACAGGUUGUGGAGUUGGCAGAAUUGGACAAAUUCGUCUUGACCAGAAUUGAGAAACCGUGCGGUCUGGAACAACCCCUUGUGUGCAGCCUCAAUGAAGAAUGCAUCACUGUAGUCUUGCGGUUGUCGCCCGAUUGCCCCAUUGUCCCGGGUAGCGUUUACAUUCAUCAUAUGGUUGGACUUGGCUGGGAUGACGACAAAGUUGAACUGGUGAAAGCAAAUGUUUCCAAAAAGCUCUUCCAGAGACCAAUCGCAGUGAUCCAAGGGGUCAAAGCAGAAAUUGCUCGGCUCCGAGAGGAAGAGGGUUUGACCGUCCCCAGCACUCCUGUUCUCCCGCUGCGAAAGAAAAACAAUUGA